GCGUCCUUCCUCAGGACCAGGAGAGACAGAGAGAGGCACAUGUAAACGAAAAGAGAGAGGACGAAAGAGCUUUGAAAGCAGAUAUACGGUAAAUGAAAGAACAACGGAAAGGCCAAGAAACGGAUAUGAUGCGCCACCAGUCCAAGCGUCUGCUUUGUCUUUCUGGCCUGUAACAAGUAAUGGCAAAGCAGUAUUUCAAACACGCUUGGCACGAUUUUGGCCAAAUAAAUCUGACGAUGACUCCGACACGGUGAAUGUUCACGAUGACGCCCAAAGUGUGGCGGAAAUCAAGACUACAGCUAAAACGAAAAGUUCACGAAGCACGAAUACGAAGGAUUCGGAUCAAAAGGAAAGUGAAGCGGAACUCGCGAGAUUGCAAUUGCGAGGACAAGCGGCAUAAUUGCGGAACUGGGUCCGUCAUUUUUCUACACCGCCUACCAAGCUGCGGGGAAUGAGUUUUGCAGAAACUCGAUGCUGUAUCUUCGGCAGCAGAACUCGUUCGUGGGCAGAUGCAAACGCGAUCCGGACAGCCGUCGGCUUGCGCCACCCAUUGGGUCUUGGACCGCAGCGGGCAACGACGACGGACGCGUACAUUCAGUUAUUCACCGCUGCAACGUUCACCUUUCCGAGAGCGCUGGGCUUGGCGAACGCGUGGUCGACGAAAACGUAAGCGCCAGAAGCCGCUGAGAAAGGUGCCACUCUAGUCGAUCCGGAGUUGUGAUCGCUGACGAAGCUGCAGAACUUUGAGAAUGGUACCCGGUCGUGGUGACCAACUUGACUCUGUUGUCGACGCUUUUCUGGGAUCGGGAGACGUGAUGAGCUAUGCCUAUGCGUGCAUUUGCUCUGCUCGUAGGAGGUCAAAUCUUGCUCCUCGAAGUGCCUGAGACGACGAGCUCCGUUUGCGGAGGAGACGAAGCGGGAAAGCAGAGGGAGUUGAUGUUGUUCCUAAAGUUGUUGCACGUGGGAUUGUGGGUAAUAGUCAUGGCACGCAUGACUGCAGUCUUUGCGUGGUCGUGUCUGCUCUUCGUCUCGAUUGUAACUUGCUUGCUCUUUGUGUCGCUGGUGCAGUAUGUGGUAUGAGUAACUCGAGUCAGCUACUUACUUCAGAUUCAAAGAAGAUGUUGGGGAACACAGUGACACAAGUCAACAGGCUAAGCCGAUAGGGCUGGAGUUCUGUCAAAUGUCUAACUGGGUGAGAUUGCGCACUGCGUCGCGAGCUGCCACAAACCUGAGGCAAGGGAAAGACAUGACAAAGGUUCGGGAUCUUUGCAAGCUCUAGGGCUUGCCUUUGACCAUUUCCAUGAGCUUGAUCAUGUUCAUCAUUCUCACCAUCUCCAUCACCCUCAUCAUCAUCAUCAUGAACAUCCUAAGGCUAGGCGCUAAGCAUUUAGGUCCAAGGAUUCCGGUCAAGAGGCUUCAGGACCUGAGCUGUGGGAUCGAACGAUUUCGGAACGGGCGCGAUUCUGAUCGUGCGCGCAGUUUGUCACGUUGAUCUUCGUCAACAGAAGAUGAAACUCCGUAGUUUUGUAUCGAAUAGUAGUAAUAAAUGCUCCCGAGCAACAAGAAAAAGAAACAUUUGAUGCGGAGUGCUGUCCCUACUCUGAAUCUCUCUC